UCGGGCAGAGAAGCAGCGAGUUGCUCAGCGUGUGUCGUCGUUGUGUGAAACGUUAUUACUCCUUACGAUUAUUACACAUAUUAACGAUUAUUCGUAAACGUUUUUAUUUUUAAUUAUCACUCGUGAAUUCUGUUACUUCUAUUACAAAGCGAGAGAGUAAAAUUGCCUUAAAAUAUGAAUGUAUAAAAACUGAUUAGCAAUAGAAAUGGCAAUGCGAGUGACGCUUGAAGUGGCACGAUUUUCUAAUGCUAAACGAAUAGUAACUUCGUGAGUUUUCGCCCGUUGUUUUCCCGUCGUAAUAUACGUACAUAAUAAAGUGUAAUAUGCAUAAUGCGCGUUGCGUGUGAUUAACGUCGGGGGUGCCGUGCAAAGUGUCGCGCGAUCGUUGUGUUUUGCUGAUUAGUGCGCGCGUGAUCGUAAUUAACACUGUUUUCGAGUGUCGUGAAUGAGUUGUAAGAGAACAGCUGGUGAACAAGAAGAGAGGAAAAGGCCCGAGACAUCAGAAAAUGAUAAAGCAACUUGGGAUUUACCCAGGUUCGGCAAACCGUUGAACAACCUUACAGUCUCGGUGGGUCGCGAAGCCAUUUUCACAUGCAUCGUCGAGGCUCUCGGACCAUACAAGGUAGCGUGGCUACGAGUCGAUACGCAGACAAUUCUGACGAUAUCGAGUCACGUUAUCACGAAGAAUCAUCGGAUCGCAGUGACACACAUUGGCCAUCGAACGUGGUCUCUGCAUAUAAAAGAUACGCGCCAGACUGACAGCGGUUGGUACAUGUGCCAGGUUAAUACUGAUCCGAUGUCCAGCAUUGUUGGUUUUCUCGACGUUGUUGUGCCACCGGAUAUCCUGGACUACCCCACCAGUACGGAUAUGGUGGUGCGAGAGGGUAGCAACGUGACGUUACGGUGCGCGGCGACAGGAACACCGGAGCCGACGGUCACGUGGCGUCGCGAGGCGGGUGGCUCGAUCAGCUUGUCAAACUGGCGCGAAGUGGCGAGUAUCGAAGGUCCGGAACUGGAAAUAACACGCAUUACGCGUCUCCAUAUGGGACCGUAUCUCUGCAUAGCAUCUAACGGGGUGCCACCGACAGUCAGCAAGCGGAUCCUUCUCACUGUUCACUUUCAGCCUAUGGUUUGGAUCGAAAAUCAGCUAGUGGGUGCUUUCGAAGGACAAAGUCUUACAUUGGAAUGCCAUAGCGAAGCUCAUCCUAGUCCUAUCACUUAUUGGACGAAACCAACAAAUGAGACUAUUGCCAACGACGAGAACUAUAAGGUCGAAACAAUCCCCAAGGGAUCAUAUGAAAUGACAAUGAAGCUCGUGAUAAAAUCUGUACGAUUCCAGGAUUUUGGAUUCUUUCGGUGUGUGGCAACGAAUUCUCUCGGAGAAACUGAUGGAAGGAUAAAACUUUAUAAAAUCGAUAAGCCCACUACGCGCAAACCAGGCACGAGACGGAAGGCGAAGAAGAUCGAUCACAGCCAUGAGAAAAAAGCCGCCGGAAUGAAGGACGAGCCAAUGCUGAAAGGUGAUGAUAUUGGCGACGAGCAGAUCGAUUUUCAGUCGGCGACGGCCUCAUCGGCGUUUCAUCGCCAUUUGCUUACAAAUUUCGGAAUAACUGCCAUAACCGCGAUAUUGGUCGGUGGUUUAUCCACACAGACUACUGUUGUUCAGUAAAAUACUAUACGCAAAGAAGAUUAAAGUAAUAUAGAAAGAGUCUCUGGAUGCGAGAUUAAACAUCGCGCGUGGCAAGCAUUGCAACGAAGUAAUGUCGAUAAGAAUAAUGCUGCGAAGGGUCGCUGUUCUUGAUAAAAAGUCUCUUCCUGUUGUACAAUGAAAUUUGCAUAAAGUGGACGUAGAGUGAAGACCUGUUUUUAUAUAGAAGCAUGAAGGGGGCCCGAAGUAUCUGGUUGAUCAGAGUGACCGUGGUACUGUACUUCGUGAGGGAGCGUAAUUAACACAUUGCAAGCCGAACGUGUACUAAUAGACUUUCCUCUCUAUCUAAAGAUGUAGAAAGCCACCAAUCUAUUAACCCCUUUACGCUGAAGGCGUUAGAGUAGCUGGCUUUUACCGUUCCCAUUCCAAGCGGUAACCUUGUUGAUCUCGCCAUCACUUGAAGAAGAAAGUCUGUAAAUCAAAUAAAAAGGGUACAUAUUAUUUGCAAUCGCACUUUCUGAUAAGUUGUUAAAAUAAAUAUUUUUUUGUUUGCUUUAUAUAUUUAUAUAUGUGCGUAUGUGAAUAUAGUAGCAUACAAAUUCUAUUUCAAUUCGUUUAAAAAGAAUUACAUAUUUUUUAUUUUUUUAUAAAAUAUAAAUUGUCUGUUUUUUGUAAUUUGUUCAAUUUUUAGGUUGCAGUAAUUAUAUAGUGUUCUUCUUUUCAUCAUAUACUGUAUUGAUGUGAAUAUAAAUAUAAAGAUAUAUCUUUCGUUAUUUCUGCAUUUCUCAAAAUAUUAACAGAGCGUACAUAGCUUGCAAUUUGCUAAUAAUGUCUAAUGUCUAAAUAUUAAGAUGAGUAAUGAAAGUGCAUUGUGUAUAUGUGAAAUGUCAAAUAAUUUUUUACAAAGAGUUAUUUAUUAUUUUUCAGCAUUAUAUCUGAAAGUUUAUUUUUUAUCAUCAUGAAUAUUAUAAAUGUAUUCCUGUUGCCUAAUUGCAUUUUAAAUUAUAUAUUAAACUUUUAAUUAUUUUGCUACGGUUUUCUGUUAUUAUAAAUGUACAUGUUAGAAAGUUAAUUAUAUCUUUUAUAGUAUGUAUCAAUAACAAAUACUCGUGUAUGUAUGCAAGAAUAAUAAGAAACUUGGAAUGAGAUGCAAUGGAAUUUAAUUAUUAGGAAGAUAACAAUGUAUAAAUGAAUAUAUACUUUGAAUGGUAGAGUCUUCACAAUAAUGUUGUGUAUUAUAUUAAAAUUAUUUUAUAAAGCUAUAAAUUUAUACAUCUUUACGAAAUUUUGUACUAAGUUUUAUCUUGUUUUUUAGGCACAUAAAAUAUAUCGUGAAAAAAAGGAUAUGGCUCAUAUUUUCAGCGAGAAGAGAUUUAUUUUGUUUAAAUAUGUCGCAAUAACUUUUAAAUAGAAAGAGUUGAAUUUAUGAUGUUACGUUGUAAGUGGUUAUUUUAAUAAUUUAUAUAAUGGCUAAAAAAUCUACUUUAUUUUUUAUAAACAAAUGGCAUGUGUCUUUUUAUUUUAUAAAACUUGUUUGUUGCAUUAUCAAAGAGCCUUUAGAUUUUAAAUGGUAUAUCAUUGUAAUAUCAAAGAAAUAUUAAUUACAUUUCUUGUCAAUUUUAUAAUUAUAUACUUUAUUAUAUAAUUUAAAUAUAUACAUGUAUAUGUAUAUGUAUAUGUGACAUUUUUUGAUCACAAGAAAAACAGAUUAAUCGCAUCAUUUAAAACAUUAUAUUACGAGCGAAGAAUUGUACAUAAUUUUAUAACUGCAUUUUAUUCUAUUGCUCCAAUAUGUUCCCAAUUUUUAUGCUUUUUGUGUAUUUAAGUAAAAUUCCUAACUUAAUGCAAUUGUUGCGUUUAUUUACAGGAUGACAAUAAUUUUCUGAAAUUUUCCGUUAUUAACGGAAUGAUCAAUAAAGUAUUUUUAAUUCGAAUACCUCGAGACCAUUGAUAUGGUUAUAGUAAUAGGCUUAUUGCGUGUACUGUACAUAUAAUAUACAUAAUAUAUACACAUCUGUAGAAAUCAAAGAGAGAAAGGAAAGAAGGAAGACAGAAUUUUUCUCAAGUUUUUAUCUAUAAAACAAAUUUUAGUUCUAGAUAAAUUUAGUAUUUUAGAUAUAUAAAAAUAAUGAUCAUACACGCAUCAACGAACAGAGAUAAUAUCUUAACAUAAUAUUUUUUAAGUUAUAGAUUACAAAAAAUAAAUUAUUAAAAAAGUUACAAGUUUCUUACAAACAAAACAAGAGUUUGUUAAAAUCCAUUUAUAAAUUAUAAUGGAUCACUUUUUCUGUGUACGUUUAAAUUUUUGAUUUAUAAAUGAAAUAUACAUAUGUAUAUUAAAAAUAUGGAAAUGCUAAAUUUGUGAACAGGUUAAGACUACAAGUAACAAUUUUAAGUGUGAAUAUGUGUAUUUUUACGUGAGAUAUUUUUAUUCAUUUUGAUAGAUGUGUAUUAAACGUAGGUAAAAAUAAAUCUGUAGAUUCUGCUAUAUAUAACAAAUAUUAAUAACAUACAUCGCAUUCAAAAAAUAACGAAUAUACAAUAUUUUCAAUCAAUAUUUUAAAGCAAUUUACCAGUGAUUUAUCAAUUAAGCUUUCAUUUCAUUUUCUUAACGAGUUUGUUAUCGAUCAAUCACAUGUUUUUUUAAUCGAUUACAAAUUGCUGGUUUGGUUUAAAUUUUUGAAAUAGAUCUCCAUCAAUUUCGCGAUGCUGCUUGCGUAUGUUUGUGAUGACCCCAAAUGUGCUAUGUACAUAUUCGUAGACGUGUGAUAAUCGAUAAAUUAAUGUACGGCGCCGCAUUUCUUCAAUAUAUAGAGCUACUAGUAUUGUAUAAUAAUAGUAUGUGUAUGAUAUUGUAGAAUAAGCCUCAGGGACAUGUAUAUAUGCUAAGCUGUAAGUUAUAUUAGUUUUUGCAUUUGUGUGUGGUCACAAUAACUCUUCCCUCCCAUGUAAAUAAAAUGUACCUUAUCGUGUACUUGGGCAAUAAAUGUUAGA